AUGGAAACACGGGUUUUCUUCCACGCCUCCAGGCGCCUGAGACCGUUUCUCUGCGCCUUCCAUACCCGCACCCGCACCCGCAUCCGCCACUCCUCAACUAGCAACACGCCUUCAACCCAGCAAGUACACCCAUUAGGGGACUACUAUGCCUCUAUCCUCGAGUCGCCCACCCCUAAGAUAUCGAUUAAACCACCCACAACAGCCACGCCAUCCUCCAAACCCCCGGAAGACGAUAGUAAACCCGAAGCCGCGAUCCUCUUCUCCUCCCGCCUAUCCUCGCCACUAGAACGGCGCUCCGAAAUAAAGAAGAAAAGUGUUCGGGUGGCAGGUGUGUGGGUUCCUCCUAGACCCGAUGAGCCGGAUAACUGCUGUAUGAGUGGGUGUGUGAAUUGUGUGUGGGAUCGAUAUCGGGAUGAGUUAGAGGAAUGGGCUGCGGCCAGGAAGGAGGUCAAUAAGGUGCUGAGGAUGGAGAAGGUGGGGAAGAAGAGGCCGAGUGGCGUUGGGUUAACUGGUUCUGGGUUGAUGCUGGGGGAGGGGGAGAAGGGUGCACAGCAUACCAUGGUUAGUAUGGAUGAUGAUGGGGGUGGCAGUGAAUGUAAUUGGGGAACGAUGGACAGUGAUUUUUCGGACGAGGGUUUGUUCAAAGGUAUCCCAGUUGGGAUUAGAGAGUUUAUGAGGUCGGAGAAGAGGUUGAAGGAGAAGCAUGCCGCUAGAAAAGCGGAAGAGGCUCGCGCCGGUUAG